AGACCUCGGGAACGGCUUUUGUUUUCACGACUUGAAUUCGUGGGGGGGGGGUCGUUCACAUUUAAAACAGUUGGGAUUUUGUUUUGUUUUAAAAGGUCGUUUUGUGGAGAUUGUCGUAAGAUGAUUGAUUUGUUUGUUCCGUCUUCUGCUCUGUUGUCUGUCAACCGUCGGGCUGCUUCGCUUCGCUGCGCCGGGACCUGCCGGUUUUGGGUGACAUGGGACCGCCUUCGCUGCGUGAUUUGCCAUGACGACUGAAUCAGGCGUGGACUCGGAGCCCAACCAGCAGCAGGAGCAGCAGGAGCAGCAGGAGCCGGAUAGCAAAGAGACAGAGAAGGAAAAGGCUAAAGCGACAGCCCAGCCCAGCCAGGCAGCAGGAGAGACAGCAUCGCCCGAGGCCCAGCCGGAGACGCUCCCUGCUGCCGCCGGACACAGCACCCCCAUCAGGAAGGAACAGGAGCAGGAGGAAGAGGACCAGGUAUCCCACAGGUCAUCCACUAGUCGUCUUACCAGGUCUCCGUUGAGAGGAGUAAAGAAGUUGAAGAUCAUGCAGUGUAAGGUCACCUUAUUGGACGGCUCCGACUACACACUCCCUAUGGAGAAAAGAGCCAAGGGCCAGGUGCUGUUUGACAAAGUAUGUGAUCAUCUCAACCUGCUGGAGAAGGACUACUUCGGCAUCACAUACAGAGAUGUGGAAAACCAGAAGAACUGGCUCGACCCGACCAAGGAGCUGAAGAAGCAGAUUAGGACUGGGCCAUGGAACUUUGCUUUCAAUGUGAAAUUCUACCCUCCAGACCCUUCCCAGUUAUCCGAGGACAUCACAAGGUACUACCUGUGCUUGCAGCUGAGAGACGAUGUGGUUUCGGGCCGCCUGCCUUGCUCCUUCGCCACCCACACGGUGCUGGGCUCCUACACAGUGCAGUCCGAACUGGGAGACUACGACCCCGAGGAGCUCGGCAGCGACUACAUCAGCGAGCUACGCUUCGCCCCCAACCAAACCAAAGAACUAGAGGAGAAGGUCAUGGAGCUCCACAAGAACUACAAAGGGAUGACGCCGGCUGAUGCAGAGAUGCAUUUCCUGGAAAACGCCAAGAAGCUGUCCAUGUACGGUGUGGAUCUCCACCAUGCGAAGGACUCUGAGGGCGUGGAGAUCAUGCUAGGUGUUUGCGCCAGUGGCCUUCUCAUCUACAGAGACAGGCUGCGGAUCAACAGGUUUGCCUGGCCCAAAGUCCUCAAGAUCUCCUACAAGAGGAACAACUUCUACAUCAAAAUCCGCCCCGGCGAGUUUGAGCAGUUUGAAAGCACGAUCGGUUUCAAGCUUCCAAACCACCGUGCUGCCAAGCGGCUCUGGAAGGUGUGCGUGGAGCACCAUACUUUCUUCAGGCUGGUAUCCCCUGAGGCACCUCCAAAGAAGUUCCUGGGCCUGGGCUCCAAGUUUCGCUACAGUGGCAGAACACAGGCUCAGACCCGCAGAGCCAGCUCUCAGAUCAUCAGACCUGCGCCCUUCUUUGAACGCUCCUCCAGCAAGCGCUACAACAUGUCCCGCAGCCUAGAUGGAGCCCCCAUCAUGGAAAACCACGAGACCCUCAUGAAGGACACGGCCUCUGACGGAGAGACUAAGGUAAUCUCCAAGGGAGAGCUGAUCACCAGUGUGACGCCAGAGAAGAAGGCGGAGGAGGAGAAGGCGGAGGAAGAGGAAGCCCAAACCAACGCCGCCGUGGCACCGGAGCCCACGCCCCCCACACAGCUCAGACAGGACAUGAAGGCUAAAGAUGAGGAGGAGCCUGUGGAAGGUGUGGUAAAGAAGGAACUAGAAGCUAACGCCACUGAGUCAACGCUGGGAUGGGUCUCCUCUUCUCUGAGUCCCACCUCACCAAAGACAUCAGCCAGGUCAGAGGAGAAGCAGGGAGCUGCUGAGGAGACAGAGGCGAUGCCGGCCGAGUCGACAGGGCCCACGAGUCCUGAGGCUGUGCAGCAGGAAGAGCUGUGUACCAAAGAGGUGCCUGUAGUCCACACAGAGACGAAGACCAUCACCUACGAGGCAGCAGAGGUCGACGCCAACGGCGACGCAGACCCCGGGGUGUUGCUGAGCGCCCAGACCAUCACCUCGGAAACCACCAGCACCACCACGACCACACACAUCACAAAGACGGUGAAAGGAGGAAUAUCGGAGACAAGAAUCGAGAAAAGGAUUGUUAUCACAGGAGAUGCGGACAUCGACCACGACCAGGCUCUGGCUCAGGCCAUUAAGGAAGCCAAAGAGCAGCACCCUGACAUGUCAGUGACCAAAGUAGUGGUACAUAAAGAGACAGAGAUCACGCCAGAGGAGGGGGAGGACUGACCCAGGAAUGAGGCUGAUGGCAGUUUUCUAUUCAACGACUCAACCUCCCAACAUCCAGGAUUCCACAUAUUACAUCGGGACACAGAAGUCGGCUCCUAUUCUCCAAAUGCUGCAGCUCACCACUCGUCCCACCCGUCACCCGCAGGAAUAAAAACCUAAUGCAUUUUGCAUGAGAAGGACGCAGUGUUGCAUUAUCAAAGAAUGACAAGAUAUAUACAGUACGUAUAAACUGUACGAUAUAUUAAAGGGUUAUUAUCCAUCUGCACGACGAAUCCAUGUGUGCAGCGAGCAAAACGUUUUUUCUUUCACUGCCUUAUGUCUUUGAUGCAUUUUAAUGAUUAUUGAGAGUAAUUACUAUAGUGACAAUUUAUUUAUGAAAUAAAGCCAUCACUCCAGAAAAGAAAAAAAAAACCCUAAAAAUGCUGUAGGCUGUAUACACUAGAGCACAUGCCGUAUACCCACGCUGUAGAAGUGCCAACCUCUUUGCCAGCCAGCAUCGUCUCACUCACUCCACCGACUCGGUGAUAAUUUUUUUCAUUGUAAGUGGCACCGCAGAAAUCGAUAUCACCCCAACACUGUACAUUACCGAGCUUUCCUAGAGAAAACAAUAACAUAUCCCUAGCAGUUGACUUUUCUUGUCUACUUGAAUAAUUUUUUUGUUUUGUAAUUGUCAUUUGGGUAUUUUAUUACUUCUCACCAUGUGACUCCACCAUUUGCAACACUUCUUGAAACACAGACUGUUUUGGCAAAACUCCAGAGGAGAGAAAUCAGCGUUUCAGUGCAAAUGAAGUGACUUUUGUAUGCCAGUACAAGCCUUGAAUGUUUCUGAGGGUGGACAAGUGCAUUUUAUGGCUGUACGUACGUGUAGUGGCUUCAGGAAGUAUUCACCUUGCAUCGAUUAUUGCUCGCUUUGCCUUGUCGCAAAGUGAGCUUAAAAUAUACAUGAAUGGGUUUUUUUCUACUCCUACAGAAGUAAUUCUCUAUAAUGGCAAAAUGAAAUAAAGUAUUUGUGUGUCCACAGAAUUAUAUGAAAAAUAAAAAAACCUAAAAAUUAUUCAGCUGGAAAAGUGUUCACCACCCUUUUGAUAACAACUUAGAUUGGGCCAAAGUAUUCAGUUUUCUUGAGCGAUCACAAAACACACUGACAAGGUCCACAAUGUAAAUUUCAGGUCCACCUGUGUUAAGUUUGCAUCAGUGGCGGCUGGUGCUAAAAAGAUUGGGGGGGGGGGGCGCAAUUUACCUUGGCGCAGCACACCUGACAACUGCUUUAAUGUCCACACAUUCACAGAACUAUUAAGAAGGACGAUGUAGCCUAUAGAUUUUAUCAGGGUUGGUAGACGGUGGAUGAUUUAAAAUCGAGACGAGGCGUGGUGGUGGGUGUGAACAUGAUUGACAGCCACGAGAAUUGUCCAAUCACAUUAGAUCAAAAAACAUUAAAACAAUACCAAUUCACUGCCAAUAAAAGUGGGAGUGUCUGAAAAUCUGAAGAAACCCAUCAGACAGCAGCCUCAGUUCACCUGCUCACUUGAGGGCUUACAUAAGGUAUCGUCUGGCCGGCGCCCCUCACCCAGGAAGUAUAUGUAUUCAGACAGAAAUCAACCAAAUACCAUUUGGAACCAAUAUUUAAUGGCUGCUGACAGGCGCUCACAGACUGGAAAACACUUUUACUUCAUAGUUAUUUGAUUUAUACAACUAAAUUAAAUUAUAUUUAACAUGUUUAAGUAGAUUUUAAUCUCUUGCUAUCUGAAGGGGCCGGCACCCCAGCGCCCUGUAUUGGCCAGCCACCACUGGUUUCCAUGACUGUUCAUAUAAAUAUCGCCGAGUCUCCCAACUGACUCAACAACCACCAGUUUUGAGAUAAAGUUGGAGCCAAAGAUUAGAAAUAGAUUAGCAAAGCUUUGAACCUUCCUCGGAACAUCAUGGCAACUGGACAAAAAGGGAAACUGUCACGAGACUUGACCGGCUACGAAGUUCAGAGUUGCAGAGCUGAAAUGGGAGCAACUGAGUUGAGGUCAGUCUCUUCGGCACUUCAGCUUCAGCCCAUUUGGGAGAGUGGCGAGAAGCCACUUAGAAAUACAAACAUCAGGUCAUGCCUGGAGUGUGCUUGAAGUCAACUGUAAAAAUCAGAUCUUAGGGAAGAAAAAAAAUGUGUGUUGAGCUUUUUGGCCUGAAAGCAAAGCGAUAACCAAACAGCCCAACACCCGGUGAACACCGUCCCUCCUGUCAAGCAUGGAAGUGACAACACCAUGCCAUGGGGUUUCUUUUCAGCUGUAGGACGUGGAAAGCUUGUUGCCAUCAAAGGCAAGAUGAGGGCAAAUACAGACAAAACUUGAGGUGAGCUCAUUUCAGUCAGUCAGUCUCUUGAUCGGUCAGUCGGUCAGUCUCUUGAUCUGUGUAUAGGGAGAAGAUUCAUGUUCAACAAGGACACUGACCCAAAGCACACAUGUAAAAACACUAUCUUCAGCCAAACCCCAGACUUAAAUGCUACUAAAAAUCUGGCAUAACCUUAAAAUUGCUGCUCACCUAUGUCAUCUUUUUAAUUAUGUAGAGCUGAAACAUAUUUGUGUUGAGGGGGGGUUAAAAAAAACUAGCGUUUGCAAGGAUCAUAGACACAACCAAGAAAACUCAGCUGUAAUUGCUGCCAAAGGCCUAGCUACAAAGUAUUCACUCUGGGGGACUGGAUACUGUAUGAGAAAUGUAAAUCUUUAAUUUUUGAGAAAAACAUUUUUUUGCUUUAUAAAUGUGUUGAGUUGUUGUGUUGGUAAAGGGUGUAAAAAUACUUCAAUACAUUAAAAUUUGGAGGUGUAGCAAGAAAGAAAAUAUGAAGUAUAAGGGGAUGAAUACUUUCUGAAGUCUUCUAUAUUUGACAUGCCAGAUUUGUGUGACUGGCCAGAAACUGCUGCAUACUGUCCAUUGUUGACGCAAACUCCUGCAUACUGUCCACUAUAGACGCAAAUUGCUGCAUACUGUCCAGUAUAGAUGCAAACUACUGCAUACUGUCCUGUAUAGAUGCAAACUGCUGCAUACCGUCCUGUAUAGAUGCAAACUGCUGCAUACUGUCCUGUAUAGAUGCAAACUACUGCAUACUGUCCUGUAUAGAUGCAAACUGCUGCAUACUGUCCUGUAUAGAUGCAAACUCCUGCAUACUGUCCAGUAUAGAUGCAAACUGCUGCAUACUGUCCUGUAUAGAUGCAAACUGCUGCAUACUGUCCUGUAUAGAUGCAAACUGCUGCAUACUGUCCAGUAUAGAUGCAAACUGCUGCAUACUGUCCUGUAUAGAUGCAAACUCCUGCAUACUGUCCUGUAUAGAUGCAAACUCCUGCAUACUGUCCAGUAUAGAUGCAAACUGCUGCAUACUGCCCUGUAUAGAUGCAAACUGCUGCAUACUGUCCUGUAUAGAUGCAAACUCCUGCAUACUGUCCAGUAUAGACGCAAACUCCUGCAUAUUGUCCAGUAUAGAUGCACAGUGCUGCAUAUUGUCCAGUAUAGAUGCAAACUUGUGCAUUCUGUCCAGUAUGGAUGCAGAGGAAGUUCGUCACAUGAAAUUCCUCCCUCUUAGAAUACCUGAACUCUCACCAUCGUUCAUGUACAACAAUGUUCCCUUAGCGGAGAAAUAAAAGUGGCAAAUGCAUUACUUUUAUUUUUUGUCAUUUUCUCAACAAAUAAAGUAUUGACUAUUGA